GGCUAUUUUUCCAAGGAAGCGUUUGAAGAACUAAUGGACUGGGAGAAGGUCCGUUAUAAGAACAUAAAACGGAAUUAUGAAGCCAUGGUUGCCAUUGGAUUAGACGUACCAAAGCCCGAAUUUAUGACCAAUCGGAGCAGAAGGCGUCCAAUCCAAGUAUACGAAUCUAGCGAGUCAGAUGAGGAUUGGACACCUAAACUUCUGACAAAAAAUCCACAACGAUUCAAAAUCUUUAGGCCUUUUAAGAAUGAAAAUGGCAAGAAUUCCAAAAGAAAGCCUGUCAUAAAGGUAAGAACAGAACUUAUUCCCAGCAUAAAGGAGAAGUGAGAAUAUGCUUUUAUGAAUUAACAGAGUGUCUCUAC